UUCCGGUUCCGGUUUUAUCCUGGCCUGGUUACCAAAUGAGCGUCUCUUCUUGUUCUCACGACAAGCGGUCAUUUUGCUGUCUAUAAUUUUAUGCAUUUUUUCUUUCGAAUUCGCCUUUCCAUGGGAAUAGCGGUGAUAAAUUAUGACCACUGAGGUGGCAGCAUUCUACGUUGAGAAGACAAACGUGGAAAAGUUCAAGAAAUCGGACAAGCCAUCCUUAGUAUCCCAAACAUCGAAAACUUCCAAACAGAUUAAUGGUGAUCCAUUAAAAGAUAACAGCAGCACCCCUUCUACUACACAAGCUGCUACCUGCUCAGAUCCACCCUUAACCAUGAGCCUACAGCUAAAUGUCAUCUGGACUGUCAUGGUUGGUUUAUCGCUGGGCACUCGGCUAUGGCAGCUCUCAACUCCCAAACAUGUAGUAUUUGAUGAGGUUCACUUUGGUAAAUUCACCAAUUUCUUCAUGCAACACAAAUAUUUCUUUGAUGUUCACCCACCUCUAGGGAAACUCCUUUUUGCUGUAACAGCAUAUUUAUCUGGGUAUGAUGGCAACUUCUCCUUUGAUGACAUAGGACAAGAUCUUGGAGAAUAUGAGUUCCAUGUGUCCUUGUUAAGAUUUGUUCCUGCAUUGCUAGGAGGUCUUAUAGCUCCUUGUAUUUAUGAGAUAGUGCUUGAGCUUGGUUGCACACAAUGGACUGCCGGCUUUGCUGCAUUUUUAAUAAUUUUUGAAAAUAUGCUGGUUGUCCAAAGCAAGUUUAUAUUCUUAGACGGGCCAUUACUCUUCUUUAGUAUUGCCUCGGUUCUAUGUUAUUUGAAAUUUAGGAAACAGUCAAAUAGGGUAUUUUCCUCGUCAUGGUGGUCAUGGCUGGUACUAACUGGCCUGAGUCUAACCGCUGCCUGUAGCACUAAAUACACGGGUGUCAUGACUCUGUUAGUUGUUGGCACCAUGGUUGCUCUAGAUUACUGGAAAUUGAUAGGCGAUCCCUCUAUACCAGCUCGUGACCUAACUCGACAUCUUGUGGCACGAGGUAGUUGUCUUGGCAUAAUGCCCGUAUUACUGUACUUGCUGCAAUUCUAUGUGCUGUUUGCUCUGAUAUACAAGACUGGUCCACAUGACGACAUGAUGUCCAGCGCUUUCCAAGCAAGUCUUGAGGGAGGAUUAGCAAAGAUAACCCAAGGUCAAGCAGAGGAGGUGGCGUAUGGCUCGCAGAUCACGUUACGCCACACCCAUGGCAAACAAUGCUGGCUGCACUCUCACCCUGAAACCUACCCCGUCAAGUACCCUGAUGGGCGUGGCAGCUCAGCCCAACAGCAGGUCACGUGUUAUAGCUUUAAAGACGUCAAUAAUUGGUGGAUCGUAAAAGACCCACACAAUGACAGUUUGAAUGUAGACUGGCCGCCUCGCCCUGUCAAAAAUGGCGAAAUCAUUCAGUUAAUCCAUGGAAUUUCGGGUAGAGCCCUGAACAGUCACGAUGUAGCAGCUCCGCUUUCACCCACCAACCAAGAAGUAUCUUGCUAUAUUGACUACAACAUCUCCAUGCAUGCGCAGAAUCUAUGGAGACUGGAAAUAGUGAACCCUGAUGGAAGUGGGAUAUGGAAGACUAUCCAGUCCCAAGUUCGACUAGUGCACCUCAACACAUCACAAGCCGUCAAGAUAACAGGUCUUCAGCUGCCUGACUGGGGCUUCCAUCAGUUCGAGGUUGCUACGGACCGAGUCAUCAACCAGCAGGACACAGUAUGGAACGUUGAGGAACACCAGCAAAACAUAUCAUACCCUGAAGGGUACGUUCCAGAGAAGAAAGAUAAAACAUCGAUUGAACAACAAGCGCCACAGGCUGCCAAACCCAUGGCUUUCUUCCCGAAAUUCUUGGAGAUGCAGUGGAAGAUGAUCCAGUCAAACAAGGAGCUCUCUGGGGAGCACACUUUCAGCUCCACGCCCUCUCAGUGGCCUAUCAUGAAGCGUGGAGUGGCUUACUGGAUACAUAGGGACAAAAAUAUGCAGAUAUACUGCCUGGGUAACCCGCUGGUUUGGUGGGCUGGUUCGCUUUCCGUGCUAGCCUAUGGUGGACUACUGGUGAUAUAUCUGCUGCGAAGGCGGAGAGCCGUGAAUGACCUGGACCAAGAGUCCUGGGAGCGCUUCGUGUUCGUCGGUGAGCUGCUGGUGGGUGGGUACUUGGUCCACUACCUGCCAUUCUUCCCUAUGGAACGUACACUAUUCAUCCAUCACUACCUCAACGCACUGCUCUUCAAGAUCAUCCUACUAGCAGUGAUCACAGAUCACGUUUAUAAACACGUGUUUACGCACCAUUAUCUCCGCUACGCUAUCACCGCAGGAUGCUCGAUUUACGUCAUUGUUGUUAUGGCAACCUUCUAUUUCUUUAGUCCGGUAACCUAUGGUCACGUGGAACUAUCAUCUGCACAGAUCAACCAGAGAAAGUGGCUACGAACUUGGGACAUGCUAUCGCAUCCAAACACGUGACAAGUCACGCUAUACAAGCUUUGACUAGUAAUUGCGUGACUGUCGUGCCGGUUUAUUGCGUGACAAGUGACGGGUCAUUGCGUGACAAGUCACGUGAUACAUGUCAUUGCAGGUCAUUCCGUGACGAGUCAGGUGGUACAUGUAAUGGCGGAUCGUCGCCUGUCAAGUCACAUGGUACAUGUCGUGGCGGGAAAUGACAAGUCACGCAAUGCAUGUCAGCAGAUCGUUGCGUAACAAGUCAGGUGGUGUAUGUCAUGGCGGGUCAUUGCGUGACAAGUCACGUGAUAUAUGUCGUGACAGUUCGUUGCGUGACAAGUCAUGUGGCGCAUGUCAUGGCAGGUUAUCGUAUGACAAGUCACGUGGUGUAUGUCGUGACUGGUCCGUUGCGUCAGAUUGUCAGUGUCUUGGACGUUGCACAUAGCAUAUAUUAAAGCACAGGUCAUGUUCUUUACAGGACGUAUUUUAUCCAUUUGAGUCUUCCGUAGACAGAAAUCUUAAAUUUAGAUCGUGAGACCCGUUUAAACCAUAGUGAUUAUUCAAAUGGAUGUAUAUAUUUUACACUGUUCUAGGUAGAUUGUAAAUCCGACAAGGAUAAUUUUCAAAGUGAAUAAAAUGAAGAUGUAACGUAUGAUAAGUUAGCAAAAAAUACUGCUUAAAUUUUGCUAUA